AUGACCGCCCCAGAGGAGGACUUCUCCGGAUACUAUGGAGGACGACGAUCUUACUAUACAGGUCUCCAGGUUGAUCCAGGAGUUGGAGAGCAACAAAGACUACCCAGGCAAAUUACCAGUCCUCCUUUGUCCAUGGGCUUCUCUUACGGCGACUCUCAAUUUUUGCCACCAGCUUCUUCAAACUCAAACGCUGGAGACCCGCGCCUAGAGAGCCAGAAGGAAUCUCCUUCCUCUAUGAGCACAUUGGGGCUACAGGCAGGACUAUUGAAGCGUGGUAGAACCACUAGUAGUUAUAUUGAGCGUAGACAGCAAAUAGCAACUGCUCGAGGAGAUAUCCUAUCCCCGAAAAGUGAUUUUGUUGCCAGUGUCGCGUCGUUCUCUACUCAGCGGAACCCAAGAACAGUACCCUCACUCAAUGCACUACCGACGGUCAGUGAUCAUACCACCUUUCAACUUGGACCGGACGGCGAUGAAUACAUCGCUCGAAAGAUCGACGAGAAUGGUGAAAAAAAGAUCACUCCUACUGGUCAAUUGCGUCACAGACGAUAA